CUCUAUAUAUGUGGGCACCUGAUAUCUAUGAGGGUUCACCCACCCCGGUGACAGCAUUCCUUUCUAUUGCACCUAAAAUCUCUAUUUCUGCAAAUAUGUCACGUGUUUCUAUUGUUGCUUCCUAUGGGGGUACAUUACAACAAAUCUUCUUUUUCUGCAACAUUGCUUCUAUGAUCUUAGGAGCACUGGCCGCCAUGGCCCAAACAAAAUUCAAAAGACCUCUAGCUCAUAGUUCGAUUGGACAUGUAGGUUAUAUUCGUACUGGUUUCUCAUGUGGAACCAUAGAAGGAAUUCAGUCACUACUAAUUGGUAUAUUUAUUUAUGCAUCAAUGACGAUAGAUGCAUUCACCAUAGUUCCAGCAUUACGGCAAACCAGUGUCAAAUAUAUAGCGGAUUUGGGCGCUCUAGCCAAAACGAAUCCUAUUUCGGCUAUGACCUUCUCCAUUACAAUGUUCUCAUACACAGGAAUACCCCCGUUAGCCGGCUUUUGUAGCAAAUUCUAUUUGUUCUUCUCCGCUUUAGGUUGUGGGGCUUACUUCCUAGCCCCAGUGGGAGUAGUGACUAGCGUUAUAGGUCGUUGGGCGGCCGGAAGGUUGGUAUUUUAUUAUAUACUCUUAGCGAAAAGAAUGUUUUUUGAUAGACCUAGGACAUGGAUUCUAUAUGAUCCAAUGGAUCGUGACAAGUCGUUUCUACUAGCAAUGACUUCCUCUUUCAUUACUUCAUCCUUUCCAUAUCCCUCUCCCUUGUUCGAUCUUACUCAUGAAAUGGCACUCAGUUCAUAUCUGUAA